UUCUUAAUAAAUUUCUUUAAUCCACAAGAAAUAUUCUUUGCUACGUAAUUAUAGAAUAAAUAAUUCAACUCCUAAAGCCAAAUAUUAUCCAACUGUGUGUUGUUUCCUUUCUUUAUUUAUUUUGGUUUCGGGAAUAUAUAUUAGUGUAUUGAUAAAUCUUCAUUUAAAGUAAAAAAUUCAUAUUCUUAUGUACCUUAUGUCCCCUUGGAACGCAUUACUUCAUCAUCAACAAGCAUAAAUCCUCAAAUUGCUUCUCGUGCAAGCAACUUGUGAUCUUAAUCCAUAUAUCAUGAAGACUUGAAGUCAUUCUAGGAUUCAAAGAACAUUAUUCUCCUCUCUUUAUAUAUCAGCCACUCGAGUUCAAAUUUCUUGCCUGAUCAAAUCAUGAAAUACGAUGCAAUUUCUCACUUCAGCCACCCGUAUCACACUCUCGAAUCCGAAUACACGAAAGUCCCCUUCAAGUGUGAUGGCUGCAAAGAAGCCGGGAUUGGCUCGUGCUACAAGUGUAACGACUGUAACUAUGAUCUGCACAUGCACUGUGCCAUCUCUUCCUCUUCCAUAUCCCACCCUUUCUACACCAAGUGCUCUUUCGAGUUCCUUGAGCGACCUCCUGGAAAUGUAGCACGCUAUUGUAACGCUUGUGAGAAGGAUAUUACAGGGUUCGUGUACCACUGCAAGAAAUGCGGAUUUGAUCUGCAUCCAUGUUGCGCUAAGCUUCCUAUGGUGUUGGAUGACGGUGAAGUGAAACUUUAUCUGUACAAGAAAGUUAGCGCGCCGUGUCAUAGGUGUGGGAGAAAGGGGAGAAGCUGGAGUUAUAGGUCGUCGUGCAAGAAGUACAAUUUGCACGUGGCGUGCGUAAGGGAGAUGUUGGUUGAGAGCUGGCACGAAAUAUAUUUGGGAAAUGGAGGAGGGAAUAGUAGGAGCCUGGAGACGAGGAUUCCUAGCUUGAACGGCACACUGCAAACUCAUCAUAAGAAAAGCAAAGGAAAAGUUCAAAAAUGUUGUGAAGUGGCUGGAUUUGCUCUACAGUUUGUGAUUUCUGCAGUUCUUGGGGAUCCCACAACCCUAAUUGCUGGAGCGGUGGGUUCAAUGAUGUCAAAAUAGUAAGAAAAACAAAAGGGUUGAUGUUGUUAAUGAAUUAUGAUAAUGUGAAAUUGGGAAAUCAGUUAAAUCGGAAGGUUGUUCCUCGUAGAUACUUUAUUGGAUAAAGCUCCAAGUACCUUGGAUGCAGCAAAAUUAAAUAUUAAUGUAAUCCUGCCGCUUUGGCAAUGUUAUUUUUAAUAUAUUUUAGUUAUGAAGUCAUACAUUGUAGACUAAUCUGGGAUUUGUCAAAGCCUUGUAA